AUGGCGCGUGAUCUGGCUCCUGAAGUGGAGAGACCGUUGCAAAAUAGGGACCGUAAUACAAAGAAGAAGGCUGCCUUAUGCUCUAUAAGGAUUGUCCGAAAAGUUCCAGACUUGGCAGAAAAUUUCAUGAGUGCUGCCGCAUCAUUACUGAAGGAAAAACAUCAUGGUGCUCUGAUAUCUGCUAUUCAGCUUUGCAUGGAACUAUGUAAAGCGAGCCAUGGAGCAUUAGAGUACUUGAGGAAGCUUGUGUCUAUGAAUUCAGUACCUAGCAGAUUCGAGUACUAA